AUGGCUCCGCUGAAGGAGGUGGACAUGCUGAGCGCUUACGACCGCCAGCGCAUCGAAGAGCUAAACGCCAAUCUCCCACAGGCCAAACCGGGUCUCUUCCACGACCUGAUCGCUCGCCACUUUGCAGAGAGACCCGAGCAUGAGGCCAUUUGCGCCUGGGACGGCAGCUUCACCUACUCGCAGGUAGACGAUAUAUCGAGUAGGAUCGCUGCCCAUUUGACUUCCCUCGGUGUUGGGCCAGAGUCGCUGGUGCCCUUUUGCAUCGAAAAGUCCGCCUGGGCCAUCAUAGCCAUGGUUUCUAUAAUGAAGGCCGGGGCUGCGUUCGUCCCGCUUGAUCCCUCCCACCCAGCGGCGCGUCGACAAACCAUCAUCUCCCAGGCCGGAGCUCGUGUCCUCCUGCCAGGCCAGAUACAAAGCCGGAAAAUGCAGUCUACGCCAUUUUUACUUCCGGAAGCACUGGAUUGCCAAAGGGUGUAG